AAGGAGAAACCAUGCCAAGAAAAUGCCAGCAACUUGAAACCGAGAUCUUGCGUAGACCACCUGAAGAAUGGCGCAGACAAGUGCGGUUACUACAAGAUUUACGAUGCUGCAGGGAAUGGAUUCACUGUGUACUGUGACAUGGAAACAGAACCUGGUGCGGCCUGGACACUUAUCGUGUCUUGGAGUCUGAAAAACAACCAUUUCGCGAAUUUUAGGUACUGUUACCAAUGGAUUAAGAGUGAUUUUCUGUAAAAUUCGAACUUCGGCCUGACACGGUACCUCAUCGAUUUGGCUGAUUUUUGGCAUGUAGUCUUAGAAUGGUGUCCUAAAUACUGAAUGCAUAUUCUAAGGUUCGAAUUCUCGUUGGUUUCAAAGAUACAGGAAUGACAGUUUUGACGAGGCCUCGAGCGGCCGCCAUGUUGGUGAACUGAAGGAGAUUUACAGUAAUUAAUUCUAGCCUUAUCAUUAAAAUAACUUAAUCGUGACUCAUACAGUUCCAAAGAACUAUCCUUCCUCCUUUCAUUUACCUACUCUUAUCUGAAAAUGGUUAAGCCUGAGCUACGAACGGCUAUAACUUCUCACAGCACUUUUUCGGUACUUAAAAGGUACACAAAUUUGGUAGAAAUUGGAAGGCCAAUAUAACCCAUGCCACAUCGAUUUAGACUAAGCCAUUUUAACUAAACAUAGUUUGUUUAUAGCUAAGUUAGAUUGUUGAAUAAAAUAAUUGGGCAAAUGCAACGGAACAGAAAUAUGAUUGCAUGAAUGCGCAGUGGUUCAGCCACUUGGCCGCUAAAACUUCAAAACAAAAUUCGGUGAAUAUUUGCAAAGAAAAUUCUUUAAAAAUUGAUCGUGCUUCUUAAACCCUAUCCAUCGCUUAAAAAACCCUCCCUUGUAAUGUAAACAGAUGAUCUUUUGAUUCUGAUCUUGCGAAGAGCUUGAAAUAUGCGCUAAAAUGAAAAUUAUAAAUUUUGUUACACACGGUACUGGCUCAAGUUCGCUCUUCGAUUUCCCAGACCAAUCGGGAGCCGCUCGUGUACUUCACAGUUACAAUUUUCUCUGUAGUAUUUCGCUGUAUACAGCUACAAAUUACAUAUUUUCUUAGGCAAAGAUAACGCAAACGUUGUCAAUUUUAAUCAAAAAGCUAGAAAAACCAACCGUGCACUGUAGCUUUAUGCAAAUUGUAUGGUAUUCGAUAAUUACACGUGUAAACUGGAACCUACCUUUGCUAAUGUACACUGUUUGGCAGAUCUUUCCAGCGUAAGAUAUAAAACUAUAUUUAGUACAUGAAAUGAAAUUAAAGAACUCAUCAAGUAAAAUUACCUGAUCGUACCGUCAUUACUGAAUAAUAAGUCCGCAAAAUAUGACAUGGAAUGAUCGGUGGGAGACGAAGCUAUUUUUAGGAGGACAGGGAACUGCACGCUGGAACGGAACUGAAAUGAACAACCUCAAUCAAGUUCAGUCUUCUUGACGCUAUUAAACGUUUCACCCGAAUUUGAACAGGAAGUUGUUUUCUAUUUUCUUUCUCAUUCUUGCAUGUAUUCUGCAGUUCGCCCACUAGUUUUUCGUAACUUUUAAUUUUCUAGCUAACUGGAACUGUUAAGAACUACCAACCCCCCUCCCCCCUCCCCCUCUUUGAGUGAACUUUCAUUCGGUCUGAUUCACAAUAAUUUUCGAAAGGUGACAAAGUGAAAUUUGAAAUGACAUUUUAUUUAGUAUUUUUAAAAGCUCCUUCUUUUUUUCCCGAUAGCCAGGAAUGUUUUGAACGUAAAGGCUCAAGUGGCGGUGUUUUUCACGACUCUGCUUGUAGACUGACCUCACUACCAGUACCACGGACAUAAAAUCUGAUCGCAGAGGGUCAUACAGUCACUGAUGGGUCUCUGAAAAGCGAAAUGCAGUCACUUUGGGGCGAGUAGGCUAUAUAGAUGAUGAACUCAUUGUUUAUAACCCCAUAACCGUAUCCCAAAAGUCGAGCCAGCCCGGGGCGAGCGAACACAAUUUUGGGGCCACUGACCACGCCCUUAUGUUUAGCGGGAAAUUGGUUGAUUAGUCAAAUCUCCUUAACUCCACGACCAUGCACCUUUCCAAAUAUAGCCCUUCUAAUCAUCAUAUAGUUAAGGCCUCCCGUAAGCAUUUGCAACUAUUUUGAUUUGUAGAAGACUGUUUAACAGUUCUCAUUACUUUAAUGUCUCGUAAACAACACGAGGUACAUGUUCUUAUCUCUCCCCCCCCCCCCACCCUUCCCCCAUCCAUAACAAAAAAUUUUCAGACCAACACUGAAUGGCAUGAAGGUAUGUACAAAAAUAUGACCAUCUCGAGGCAAGGUUCAUCACUGUAACUUACCACAUAAAAGCCUUUUCGUUGUUUGCCAUCGACUGAUUCUGUUCUGAAUACUAAGGUCCCAUAAACAACGCCACGUUUAGAAAGAGCCCGCCCUUUUCAAUCCAAGAAAACCCAAGUAGCGAUUUCACCAACGGACAUAAGCCGUAAGAAAAGGACCGCGUCAAAUAGUUCAUGAAAUCACAAACGCCUCAUGACACCUUUAAUUCACUCUUUCUUCGAUAAACUAAUUUUUAAUUUUUUAAGCAUAAAUGACAUCAGAAUGCGCGAUUAUGAGCAUUGUAGCUUAUGAAAAGAAAAUUUAACACCUGAUGCACGUGAAAGCGUCUAAGAAGGGGACUAGGGGGAAUUAGGAACAUUGUGCUUACCGCUGGAAAAAUAUUGGCUAGUUCUUUGCAUAGACUCAAUUAAAGCCGUUUUUGUUCAGUAAGGAGCUGUUAGAUGGGGGGAAAACUACAUAAAGUAGAUCGCAUCAGAAUACGGCAUAGGACUAGGCUCUCAAAAUCGAUAAGCUGAAUGCAAGGCCAAUUGUUAUGUAAAACAGAGAAAAAUUCCUUGAGGGAAAAAAAUUAUGGCAAGGGAAAAGACCCGAAGGUGGAAAGUUAGGAUGGUAGCUUCUUUUCAGGUAAUCGAUCAUUUACGUUAACUUCCGCUAUCCGACGGGCAUAUCGGAAAGACUGAAUGGAUGAGAGUAUAACACAUUCAAGAAGAAACAAAUUUGUGAUUUUUCACAACUCAAUAAAAUAACUAAAAUUGUGUACUACUCGGUUAUACAAGAUUUUUGUUUUCAAUUUCAGAUUUUUACGAUGGGGCAUUAGCCCCCGUACUCACUAGACACUACUUUACAAUCAUCGUGUUAAAAUCAGUGAAAUACUCCAAAACAAUUUGGAUUCCUACCCUUAUACCUUUAUUAAAAAUUAAAGUUGGGAAGUUUGUUGUUUUCUAAAAGUAGUUUGAACAGCCGAACGACAUUUUUUUACACGGAGUGGGGAAGGCAAAGCUUCACUUAUCUCUUCUAAGGUAGAAAGUGUCAGCAAAACGUGAGAGUCGUCCUUGAGGGUAAAGUGUCUAACCUAAUUUUCUCACCGAUUGCAAGUGCCAUUUCAUCCACGCAAAACCUCACCUAGUUAGCAGGUGAGCAAAUGUAGUGGGGAAACGUUGCGAGAGAACUGAGUAAGAUGUUAGGGUAAGUUUUGGAAAUUUUCCGCACACCUGGAAAGUCCUGGCUACGCUCCUGAUAGAGACUUUUGCUGGAGAAAAAUUGAAACAUGUUCGCUAAUAUAGUGACGACCAGAAAGGACAAGCCAUAGGAUAGUUCCAGAAAACCACCCAUUAAAAUAGAUCACCAAGUUGUCGCGGCGGAGGAUGAACUUGAAGGCAUCUGAUGAAGUGCAAUUUUUCAAGGGAGCCCAGACAAGAUUAUGUAUGAUGGGCACAGCUUGUUUGAUCUGCAAAAUUUAGAGAAGCUCAAGGCAAAUCGCUAGACAACACAUGCUAGAGCUGAACUAAAAAUCUUUUGCGCCUCUGAACUCUGUCCCUAAGGGUAAAGGAGAAAGUUUCCCUUUAUCAAUGCAUUAACCGAGUUGAUUAUGAAUGUCUCCUUAUGUUGGACGUCUUACUAACAAGCACAUUACCACUACUUGCCCUCAGAGGCGUUUUCAGUUGACGAGCAGAGAAAAUUAGGUUUUGACUGUUUGAAAUUCUGGAUGCCAGAGUGAAGACGCCUUUUGCAUGAUGACGUCAUCGUCCUACAGUGAAAAGCGUUCGUUUUUUACCACUGAUAUUACGUCAAUCGGUACACUUAUGUUGUCCAAAGGUCCGUGAGCAUGGUAAAUGAUUUUACCUUAAACUGCAGACACAUCUUCAAUCACUCCUUAUUGUUCGCGAUAUCGGACAAAUACUCUGGUCUCUAACUGAAUUUUCUUUGCUGUUUACUUUAUUUUGAAUUAGGACUGUCUUGAGUUGUCCAUGCAUUGUCUAGCGAUUUUAAGCUUUUUCAAGGAAACAAAAAUCUGGAAUUGUCCCUAGGGUGAGGCAUUUGCGCACAGUUUUAAAGCCCCUCGGUGGGGUGACUGUGGUUUUUGUUGUCCCGGGCUCAUCCCUCAUUCUUCUUAACCCCUUCCAAACCAAUUUUUCUGUUUAUCAAGAAUCUCCUCAAAACGGGCUUCAUGAUUGAGACAAAAUACCUGAAAAUUGUACACGGAACCGUUGUUAACGGUGUACAAGGUAGAAUGAGUCUAUUCAUUACUUUGCAAACGCCCAAUUUUUAAAACCGGAAGUAAUGAUGUUUAUUUCAAGGGCUCAUGUCUCAUGAGUUUUGAGUGAAUCUUCAAACGCUGUAAAUACAUAUAGCUGGAACUAUCAUCGCAUCGAUCCUCGCUCACUAAUAAUGAUAACUUAUAUCAACUUCCAUUAUCUAUUGCCUGGCUAAGAUUUUCACGGAUUCUUCAGUUCAGUUGUUUGAAACCAGGCGGCUUCACGUGAGUUGUAACGCCAGGCAAGGAACGUGACGACCAGCGAUAUGCGUGGGAAAAUAUUACUUUUUUUCGAUCAAGGCGGAAACUGGCAACUUUGUCGUCGAGUAAGGUAAUACAUCUCAAUUUUCAUUACCAUGGUUAAUUUUAAAAGCUCUGGUUUCGGUAAAGGAACUGGAGGAAAAUCAGGAAAAUUCCUGUUCGACUGUGAUGGUUGGAUUUUGUUUACGCGUCAUAGCAUAAACAUAACAAAUUCAUUUUCCUUUUCCUUAUACAAUCUGCCUUUUUUUAUACUGUUUUUCGCAGCAGAGUUAUCGAUUAUAUUACAGAGGCUAAUUUUAUUACACAGAUCAUUCAGAUUUAAUGACAGAAACUCUAUUAUCGAUUGUAAUUUUGGCAACACCUGGCGAGUAUUCGGUGUACAGAUUAUUGACAAAGUCGCUAGAACAGUCUUCCAUUCAUUACUUUUGUUUCUGCUCCGUUAAAUUUGCCCAAUUUUUUUAUUAAUGAACUCGAUUUAAGUACAAACAGUGAGUAUUCAGGCAGAUUGGCAAGCUUCAAUGCGAUGUGGCAAAAGAGAUAUACGCCUUUAAAAUUCUGUUAAUUUUGCGGGUGUAAAAAAUUCAAAAAGUAUACCCACCAACAGUUUAAUCGAUCGUUGCGAAAACGUUAUCAAUUUCGAAGUAGUUUCUAAAAAUACAAUAAAGAGGGAUUGUUCUUUCAAUCCGUAUUGGCAAAGGAAGAUUAGCUUUGAAGACAGGGUUGUAGUCGAAGGCUCAAAAGCAGCUUCUAUUAACCAACAUGGCGCCGGUCCGAGGCACCCAAAAACCGGCCAUGUCGAUAAUUUCCUAAGUAGGAGGAAUUAGAACCUAAAGUUACCUAUUCCUUAUUAAAGACCUCAAAUCAAGUCUACAUGCCAAUUUUUAGCCAAUUCCGUUAGAUAGUGUGGCAGGGCCUUUUUAAUAUAGCUCGAAUCUUACAGACAACUGCUCUUAAAACCCUUUGUCGUCCGCCAGAAAAAAUUUCGCCGUUUCUGAUGGCUCUAAUCCCCUGGCUAGUGUUACUUGGGAGAAGUUUCAUUGAUGCUCAAAACAUUACACUCGAUGACGAUCGUUUUGUUUUCGACAAAAAGGAUGCACAGACCUCAUGCAAAGAAUCGGGGUGGUGAGUCAGCUAUUUUGGCAGUGCAGGGCUAGAGAAAGUUACGGAAACCUUUUUAAAAAAUCGCCUUGUGCGAAGAAAAAAUAGCCAAACUACUGCCUCAAAAACGUAGUAAGAAGAGACAAAAAUCAACCUACGGAUGACAAAACUAUAUGAUUUGUUUAAUUCUCUUCGCCUUGUAAAUUUUGUGCAUUUCCUAAUUUGAUAGCCUGAUACACAGCCGUUUUAGUGUCGUUGACGCAACGCUCCGACGAAACUAAAAACGGCUGUGUAGAAGACUACUCAUUUGACUGAUUAUUUUGUUAACACCCAAAUUUGGCUGUUUCUUGGUGUUGAGGAAACUAUUGCACUGUAAAAACUGACCAGUUAUAGUGACCUCAAAAAAAUGGUUAAGGUUUGAAUCCCAGGUAACCGUAUUUUAUUAGGUUACAGUAACCAAAAAAAUAUAGUUCAGGUUAACCAUUUUUUAUUCCCGUUGAAAUAACUUUUCUUUAUGGGUUACAUUAACCCUUAAAAAUGGUUGUUUCUACCACAGCCCACACCACUUCUUAUGACUUGUUUGUCAUAACCUCUACUUUUUGGUUAAACUAACUUUAAAUUUUUAGUUGUUAUAACCGAAAUAAAAAGAUAAAUAUGUUUCAACCCAUACAGAUAAGUUAUAAUAACCAUUUUUUGUGGUCAUGGUAAACCAGUUUUUUGGGUACUAGCGAUGAAUCUGUGGUAACCCAUUUAAAAUAGUCAAGAGGAGGUAGCUUUAACCAUUCCAUAUGGGUUAGAAGAAAACGGUCGUUUUAACUGAUAGUAAUGAAUUACAUUAACCUCACAAUAAUAGUCUUCAGCAACAUUUUUAAUGGUUAUGUUAACCGUUCUCUACAAACAACAUAGUUGACCACUAACUUCAUAAAAAAGAUAAUCAUACAACAUUGCAAGUAAAAAAUGCUUAUGUUUCUUAAUACAAGUAUUUAAAGCAGAACAAGGAAUGAUUAAACAAUCAGCCCUCCUUCCUAAACUAUAGCAAAUUUGAACUGGAAUACGGCAUGUCUCUCACAAGACUGCAAAACAAGACUUCGUACACAGGCAUAUGAUUGUAAAACAGAAACAUCCUUAAGCAGAAAAAAUUCAAGUAACUCCAGGAUCAAUAGUGAUACAGUACUUAGAUUAAAUUAAACCCUUAAGGUAUAAGUGCCUUUCCUGCCAAAACUGCUUUGUCAAAUACAUAGGGAAUUAAGAAUUUCGUGAGAUUCAAUGAUAUAAUAAUUGUAAGAUCUUGCCAGUGAAGAGUCAACUCCUCACCCACUGUACAUGUGACUUUCUUUCUUUGGCUAAUGAUUGAAGCGGAGCAUAUGAUCUAAAAGUACCAGUGCCCUUCAUUGUUCUUCAAGCCACGUUUUUCUACUGGAAAGCAAAAAAAGAUCCUAUUCCAAGCAGUGGCUCGUUGAGGGUAACUCAUCCGCCGGAUCAGGACUUGUCUUGCUUGUAAUGAAAAUAUGGGUACUCGCCGAGCUUCAUUCAAAGUUGUUUAUUCCCUCAGUCAUUCAAAUUUGGUGAUAUUUCUGAAAUACACGAAAAUAUUUCGUUUUUAAGUUCACUGGUUAACGCACGAAAAAUUACAGUCUUUCAGCGAUACGCCUGUGGGGAACACGCACGCACGCGUGUGCGUGGUCAUCGUGAGCAACGCGCGACUCAAAGCUACAUUUAAAAAAAAAGCUUUGUAAUAGCGUAUGAUAGCUCUGUAACAGCAGUACAAUAUUGCAAUUAAGAUGGUCAUCCGAAGAACGGAAAAUCUAUGCAACUGUGCUGAACAUUUAGAAAACUUUAAAGGGCCACGCGAGUGCGUGGGGUUGCCUCAAAACGCGUCUAUUUAUUUGCAAAAAGAUAAUUUUAAAAACGAUUUAGAGUUCUGUUUAAAAAUAAGCAAUACAUACCGGUCAUGCUGUUUCAGUGAAGGUCGGUGAAGCAAGUCUUCGAGAUUUUGCCUGUGUUCAUUUGUCUUUAGUCGACGGGGCAGAUAUUUUGCUUAUCUAUUUCAGGCGGUCAACUGAAGUAAAUUCUGCCAUGAUCUUCUUAUCAUCCUCCUUUGAAUAAAAGAUUUGCAAGGUAUUUGUUAGCUGAGAAUUUUGUAGAAGCAGUAAAGACUGAAAUUCAAGUGAGUAAUAUAUUCUUAAGACGUUGUCUUCCGACUACACUGUGAGCAGAGUCUCCUUCGAUCUUCCUAGAUAAGUCGACUAGCACGGUAUCUUCGGACUUGCAUAAAUUUGAAAUCACAUUACCUUUUUACUUGCCACAUCUCCAUUGCUGUUCGUGACUAAGAAACGAGCUCCCAUUGACUUUUAACUGAAGGGCUUUAUCCAGGCGAAAUAUAAAAUGUUUCUUUUCGCAGCAAUGAACCAAGAGUACUGACUUCAGCUUGGCGCAAGGCGGUUAAACUAAAAAACUGAACUAUGAGAGCCGAAUUUGGCAUUGAUUUUGAAAUUCCAAGUCUCUCAUUGGCUUGCUAAGUAGAUUAUCGUCAAGGUGUUAAGUAACAUACUACAGUUGACAGGAAACAAUGCAACAUUUUCUGAAAACCCUUAGUUGUUUUUCGAGUAAACUCAGUAAACUCGCCUCACAUGUUUCCAACCAUGAAAUAGUUUAAGCUUAUAAAAAAGGUUACUGAGUAAGAUUUUUAAUUUACUGAGAACAUUUAACGCCAUUUAGGGUUCGUGACGUGACGAAAUAGAGUGACUUUAGGUCACUUAAGACAAAUACCGGAAACCCGCUGGAAUUUUGUGACCGGUGAAAAACACGAAAGUAUUUUAUGAAAAUACGCGAGGAUAGCUGUUGGCUUUUCGAGGUGCUCAGCAUUGAUUUGAAUGACAUAACCUUGAAGAAUCAUUUCACCUAGAUGACGAUUAUUUCUCUCGGCUAGUCCGUCGAGGGAAACGUCAGAGAAGAAAAUAGUCCUCGCGUCACGCGACUUCGCCUCUCGCGCGCGCGUACCAGCCCAGUCAUUGAAGCAGGACUCGCGAGUUGGAUGCAAGUCAUUUAAAAUAUUUUAACUGUUGAGGAAAGUUGAUUUGGCUAUUCAGUCUUAACCUAUCCUAAAUCCCAUAAUAAAUGCUGAUUAUUUGUUCUUUCUUCAGCGUAAGGGAAAAGUCUGCGUUGAAGGUUGGGUACAAGGCUUUUAUGAUCUGUUGUUGUAAACUCAUACCCGCCGUUUGUGUAGCCAUUUUCUUCUGUGGUUUUUCGUUCAGUUUAACCCCUCGGAAAACUCAGUUUUGACCAUUCAGUGUUUAACCUACUUCAUAGCUCUAAAUAACAGAUCAUUAUUGGUUAGUCAUGACCAACAAAUAGUUGAUAGAAGGUUUUAACCAACUGAUUUCAGGUUAGAUGCACAUUUUUACCAUUUGCUUAACCAUUUGGUUUCGUUAUUUUGACUGCCAUGAAAAGUUAUUUUGACCAGUCGAUAUUCUAACGGAAUUAUAACCGUCACAACAACUGCUGAUCAUCGGUUAAUCUAACCAAUAACAUAAAGGUUACGAUUUUAACUAUUUUAUUUUGGGUUAAAAUUACCUUUUGCAACUGGUUAUAACCUUUUAAUAUAGUUACCAUAACUGGUCUGUUUUUACAGUGUGUUGGUUAUCUAUUGCGUUGUGGGUAUUAUUCAUUGUCUUUACAAUCUUCUGUAUAACGUCAUUUGGUGACUGCACCAAGUAAUACCCUGUAAUACCCCAAAAUUUGGCUAUGAGAUGUAACUUUGCUUGAAUUUGUUCUCAUUGCCGACAGGAUAACACCCUUGUCAAUCAACAACCCCGUGAAUGAAAACUCGCCUAACUGGUUCCUCUACCGGCUAACAAAGGACAGAAUGAAGUCACUGAGGGACGUAUCCACCCACUGGCGAGCCACGUGCAGUUAUGACAAGUACGGUAUCAACAACUACAAAGAUUACAUCCGUGGAAAGUUUGCAGAAGCCGACAUCUUUGCCUUUCUUGGUGAUGGUGUUUGCUUUAAGACCGAGCUUGUCAACAUUCGUGGUCAUACUGGAAUUCACAAGACUGCCAGGUUCUGGCAGGUUGCUGCUACUUACACUGCUCAUAUCGACAGUUCUUUAACAGGUUGCCAGUUUGAUCCCACCGUUGGGGCAGUGAGUAGUGAGGACAACUUUGGUUAUUACAGCAGUACAAACCCCAAGUUUACUUGUACAAUGAAUAGCGACUCUACCACGCAGUGGUGGUUCGGUAGCUAUCAGUAG